CAUACUUGUUUAGAGCUGAAGAGGUCAGUCUGCCGAAGGUGUGUGAUUCACUCUAGUACCGAGUGCUUCCAGUAUCAGCCAUGGGGAGAUCUACACUCUUCACAACACUUGUGCUGUGUGUACUAGCUGUACACUGUAGCGCAGACGGUGUGUUUUGGCACGUGACAGACUUCCACUAUGACUUCACGUACCUGGACGGCGCGGAGAACGGGACGAUCUGUGAUUCCCAGACUGCCGGCCAGCCCACGCCGAACGAUCCCGGGGAAUGGGGGGACUACAUCUGCGACGCCCCCUGGCGACUUAUCAACGACACCGUAUACGCCAUGAAGGCCAUUCAACCCAACCCUGACUUUAUUAUCUGGACAGGAGACGACACUCCUCAUAUCUAUAACGACAAGAUGAACACGGACGUGGUGCUGACCAUUAUUGGGAACCUGACGGACCUUCUUCGAUCUGUUUUCCCGAACACACAGGUGUACCCCGUGUUCGGUAAUCACGACUACCACCCGAAGCACCAGAUGCCACCUGCUCCCAACACGGUUUACAACGCCACCUGGAACAUGUGGAAUGUUCCCAGCUGGCUGCCAUCUGAUGUGAUGAACACAUUCGUUAACGGUGCUUAUUACACGGUGCUGAUUAGCCCCGGUCUCAGGCUCGUUGGGCUGAACACCGUGUACUACUACACUAACGACAAGGUGACUGCGCCUACAGACGACAACACGGAUCCAGCAGGGCAGUUUGCCUGGUUAGAAGGCGUUUUGCAACAAGCACAAACCGACAAUGAGAAGGUGUUCCUGAUUGGUCACGUGCCACCAGGGUUCUUCGAACGAUCCAAGGGCAAGAGUUGGUUCUACCCAGAAUACAACAGGCGCUACCUGCAGAUCGUCGCCAGAUAUGCUGACGUCAUCAAGGGCCAGUUCUUUGCCCAUCAACACCUCGACAGUUUUAGGCUUUUCUAUGACGAUCAAGGUAGGGCCGUGAACUCAAUGCUGCUGGCCCCAGCCGUGACCCCAUGGAUGACCACUCUUGGUGGAGUUGGCGCGAACAACCCUGGGAUCAGACUGGUCAGCUACGACAAGACCACAGGCGAUCUAACGGAUGUAAACCAGUACUACUCCAACCUGGCUCUGGCUAACAUGCAGGGAUCCCCGCUUUGGGGACACGAGUACAGCCUGAAACAAGCCUUCAACCUCCCCGAUGCUUCACCAGCAUCGCUUCAGAACCUCCUGGACAGUUUCAGCAAUUCGUCAUCCGACAACUUCGAGAAGUACUAUCUCUACAACUCGGUAAGCCACGACCGGUCUACUUGCGAAGGGGACUGUAAAGUGGCCCAGCUCUGUGCUAUCAAGGAAGUCGACUACGACAAGUAUCAGGAGUGUAUCGACGCACCUUCGAGUGGCGCGAAUGUUGCUCGAGUUUCCAUGUUUAUCCCGUUUGUUGUGGCAGCUUUUGCCCUAGCAGCUUGACAGUUAAAAACACUAUUGGGGUAUGAUACAGUAAUGUGCAAAUAAUCGCGAAAUCUGUUUGCUAAAAGUGAUUCAGGAUGGUUACUAGACAUUUGCUUUAUUGUUUUGAAUUGUUUAAACAUCAGAGUUGUCAAACGUUAAAGAAUGUUUAGCUGGAAAUCUGUUUGUGAUAUGAUUUGACUAUAGUUGUUAUCAUAUUUGCUAAACAUAUUCGUGAAAACAAUAUGUGAUGUUGUAUAGUGUUACACCAGUGUUUUAUUGCAAAGUUUGAGCCAGAUCAAUCUUUAUAAAAAAAACACUUGCAGACAUGAGUCUGCGUUUUGCUCAAUCUAUUAGUUUGCUAACAAUCUAAUAAAGACCAAUUAUAGAAAAGUAUCUAAAAUCUAUAGUAAAACAUUGACACAUAUUCUUUAAUACUCCUUGUAAAUCCAAUGUAACAUAAAAAGGAGACUGCUUACUGCGCCACUAACAAUACUACAGAAAUAUGGACAGGUCCCUAUAUCAUGAAUAAAUGAUGGCAUGUCA